CCGACCCCAUGACUAGUUUUGUGUUUGAGAUGGGGAAGUAUCAGGAACUAUUUCAAAUCGACUCCAGAGGUUGGAUCACCAUACUGGCCCAUGGGGAAAACAUCACCCAGAAUUCCUACACUUUCUCCGUCAAAAUUUUCGAUGAUGGUAUUCCGCCAAGACAAGCCAUAACAGAGGUCACACUCCAGUUCCCGCCAUUACCCACAAUGCCCGCGCCUGCUGAAGUGAAAGGAAUGGCAGAGGGCGAUUAUGUCCUGAUUUACAUACUUGGUGCCUUGGUGGGAAUACUGCUCAUUGUACUUAUAGUGCUUUUGGUAUACAUAAAGAAAAGAGCCACUGCAUGUUUUAAAUCUUUUCGUGUUGGUUUAAUAUUCAAAAGAAUAAAAAGUCUAAAUCCAGAGAAACAAUCCAACCACAUUAACACAUCAAAAGCAGUCAGAAACUACGCGCCAUCUUUGUCUCCUGCAGAGUCUGUGAACUCUGACCUCCAUAUUGACCUGGACGCCAUGACAACCACCAUGGAAAAUCCACUGGCUUUGGAGAAUCCAGCGUUCAGUUUUCAAUAUGGCACAGAAUCCACAGACGAAGUUGAUACCACAAUACGGGGUGUGGGUGAAAUUGAAAUUGGUACAGCUGUCGCUCCAUAUAAUGAAAACGCAGACAGCGAUAACGAUAGUGACAGUGAAAUGAAACCAAAGACUCCAAAUGGAGAUAUAUCAUCCCGUAAUUCCAUAGUGUCCCAGAAUUCCAUAGGAAAUGGAAGCAUCCAUAGCUCGGGGCCUGAAAGUUUGCCAAAUGGUAUCCAUAAGGGAAGCACACAGAUGCUGGUGCAGCAGGAAAAAGCCAACAAGGCCAAGAAGGUGAAAAAGCUCUCCUGGGGAAAGACACGUCACAUGGAUUCACAAACAGAGAUCCCAUUGGACCCAGAUGUCAGUGUGACCCCAUAUGACAGCAGCACAGACUCUCUCCCAAAGAACGCCAUGCAGGAGACAGCAGAUGGCAAGAAACCGAGUAUAACAAUUUACUUUUAAGGAGAGUUGCAGUGGCUUAUCAGUGGAAAAUAGUGAGGAAUUUUGCCCAAGCAAAGUGGAAAUAUUUCUAAUUUUUGGCGCCAUUGUGACAGAACUGCCCUAAUCAAAAAUCAGUGCAAAAAUUGUUUUUAAGUUGUCAAAUUAGAAGAACAGCAAAGGCUGCAAUUCUUGUUUUGCAGUGACAUCUAUGCUUCAGUUGAUGGCCACCUUGUGUUUGGUAUGGCCAAGAGGUGCUUAAUUGGAUUCUUCCCAAUACCAAUCCCACUAGACAGGGGAAUGUGCAUGUUUAAUUUGUAAAUAUAAAUGCUUUCUUAAUUUGAAGGUCAUGGCUCUGUCCAAACAAAAUAUGUAUGUUAUUAAGAUAUCAAAUCCAGACAGAAAAACUGUGAAAAAGGUUAAAAUUAAGAAUCUGCUUCAGUUGCUAUAGAGUAGUUUUGAAGGUUGUACUGGUAUUUAUAUCCCAGCUCAUGAUUUAAUGUAAUGUUUCUUGAGUGAAAUCAUUACGGCCUUAUAUCACCAAUGGCCACCAUGUCGUGAUUCUGUGGCCAAUUUCGUAAUUUUUUGAGUUCUUCCAAAUAACUGUGGCACAAUACAAAAUGAUCUUAUAUGACUUUGAUGGUAAUGUGAUCAGUAAGGAUUUAUAUUAAGAUUUAUAUAUUUAUAAAAAUAAAAGAGUCAUAAUAAUAAUAUUUUAUAAGAAAUAAAUAUAGCAUUGUACAGAAUUUAAAAAUCAGUUACUGCAAGUCACACAUAUAGAGUAAGGGCAUAAAUAUUAACAACGAGUUGUCAUUUUGCAUAUUUUUCCAAGUGUUUCCAAAGUGAAAACAAUAAUUCCUUGUUAACAUUAUUUCUAAUGUCAGAAAUUUAGUUUUGAAAAACAAUUUUUAUUAGAGUGCAGCUGAAAGUGCAAUAACUGAUUGAAUGGAAUUUAAGGUUACAAAAAGGCAAGAUAAAAAAAAAACAGCCUAUUUAACACUUGUGUGA